GAGAAAUACAAGCAACAAGAAGGAAAGAGAAAGAGAGAGAGAAAGAGAGAGAAAUUCGCUGCCAGUCAUGCAGGGAGCAUGACCGUCGGCUUGAAUUCAAAACCCCAGCAUCGCCGACUAGUAGGAACGUUGAGUCAGUCUUAGUCAGUUGCUCUCCGAUGCUCGUGGAGGAAUGUUGUGUACAACAACCUUCUCUCCCGGAAUAACACGCGCGCUAAAAGCAAAUUCAAACAAAAUCUAUUUUAUUAUUUAACAAAUUCUUUCAAGGAUUUAAAAAUAUUUUCAGUGUUGUUCGCAAACAAACAAAAAUUAGUGUUAUUUCAAAAAAGGAUAUCAGUGAUGAUUGUGUCGGUUUGUGCUAUUUAAAUCAGUGUUAAAAUUCAGUGUUUAACUCUAAAUGGCACCAAGUGUUUAGGAAACAAUUGUGCAGAAACCGAAGUGGUUUAGUGACAAUGUAUGCGUGACAAAACUUUUUUUUUUAAUUUGGAAAAAAUUAAUUCCAAGUAUUCUAUUCACGGUGAUGAUCAAAAAGUUUUGCAAAAAUGAAUCUUGGACGAAUAGUGAUGUUGAUAUUGAGUGUGGGAAUGGUUGCCGGUCGCAGUAUCAGCAGUUUGGAAGCGCCAAGAGGUUGCAGUUGGCAAAAAGAGGGAAAAGAAAGAACCCUCGUUUGUCGUUUAAGGACCAUUGCUAAUGCACCUGCACUUGUUGGAAAUCUUUCAUCGGCACAAUCCGAUUCCAUUAUGUCAUUGCAAUUAGAAUGCAACGAGGCAUUGUUCUUUGAAAGUCAAAUGAAUGAUGAACCGCGCGGCUUUCUGGCUCCACUUUCACGGCUUGAGAAACUUCGUAUGGAACAUUGUAAAAUCCGCUAUCUACCUGGUGGUGCAUUUGCAUCAAGUCACAAAUUACGAAUUCUUGAAAUUCGCACGCAUAAUAGUGAAUGGUCAGCGACAUCACUUGACAUUCAUCGUGAUGCAUUGCAGGGUCUAUUAGAUCUUGAAAGAUUAGAUCUAGCUGAAAAUAAUAUAUGGACAUUGCCAACUGAAUUGUUUUGUCCCACGCGAAACCUCGCCAGUUUAAAUCUCACGAGCAACAAGUUACAGGAUAUACCAUCGCUUGGCUUCUCCGAUUGGGAAUCAUCGUGUCCAUUACGUUUGAAAACAUUGGAUUUAAGUAGAAAUGACAUUAGUGCCUUGCCCGAUAAUUGUCUAAAUAGUCUUCGUAAUUUAACUGUACUUAAAUUGCAAAAUAAUAAAAUUGCCGCCGUUGGCGAUAAUGCACUAAGUGGAUUGAUUAAUCUCAAAUCACUCAAUAUGUCAAGUAACAAUUUAGUUGCAUUGCCACCGGAUCUAUUUUCAUGGACAAAGGAUUUAAGAGAAAUUAUAUUGAGCAAUAAUUCACUCACUGUAUUGGCCCCGGGUCUAUUGGAAAAUUUAGAGCAACUACAAUCACUUGAUUUGAGUAAUAAUAAAUUGACAAGUCAUUGGGUAAAUCGUGACACUUUCUCUCGUCUUAUGCAUUUAGUUUUUCUUGAUUUAUCCUAUAAUGCAUUGACAAAGAUUGAUGUUCAUGUUUUUAAAGGAUUACGCAAUAUACAAGUGCUUAAACUCGAGCAUAAUGUGAUUGAAACACUUGGCAGUAAGUGUUUUUCAUCACUUGUAAAUUUACGUUCACUAACAUUGUCGCACAAUAAAAUAUUCACAUUUGAUGCAUCACAUUCAGUUGGAUUGUCAAGUCUUGAACAAUUGUUCCUUGAUGACAAUAGAAUACGUGGAAUUGAGGGACAUGCGUUUAAAAAUUUAAGCAAACUUCAAGACUUGUCGUUGAGCGGAAAUGCCCUGUCGGAUGUGCCGGAAGCAGUGCGAGAAUUACAGUCGUUGAAGACCCUUGAUCUCGGUAACAACCGCGUGUCUCGGAUCGAUAACGAGUCGUUUGUUGGAUUAAACGAGCUUUAUGGAUUACGUUUAGUGGAUAAUAAAUUAGAGAACAUUUCGCGUAAUGCAUUCGCGUCAUUACCAUCCCUUCAGGUAUUAAAUCUUGCGAGUAAUAUGAUUCGUCAUGUGGAACCGGAUGCAUUUGCCAAAAAUACGGUUAUGCGCGCUAUAAGAUUGGACAGUAAUCAACUUACGGAAAUUCGCGGUGUAUUCGCUGGACUGUCAUCUUUAGUAUGGUUAAAUAUAUCGGACAAUAAAUUACUUUGGUUUGAUUAUACUGAUGUGCCACCGAGUUUAACAUGGUUGGAUAUGCAUGCCAAUCAGAUAAAUAAACUCGGCAAUUAUUAUGCCCGUCAGGAUAAUCUUCAAAUAAAGAUGUUGGACGCGAGUUAUAAUUUUAUCACCGAAAUAUCAGACAUUAAUAUACCAAAUAGCAUUGAAACAUUGUUUUUGAAUAAUAAUAAAAUUAAUAAAAUUGCAGACGGUACAUUUUUGGAUAAAACAAAUCUUGAUAAAGUUGUGCUCUAUGGUAAUGAGAUUCAACAUUUGGAGGUAGCUGCACUUGAAUUACAACUUGUGCCAGGAAAUCGUCAAGUGCCAUCAUUUUAUAUUGGCAAUAAUCCAAUUUUAUGUGAUUGUACCAUGGAAUGGUUACCGCGUAUAAAUGAAUUGGCAAGAUUACGGCAACAUCCACGCGUUAUGGAUCUUGAUUCGAUUACUUGUGAAAUGGUACACGCUCGCGCAUCACCACGACGACCACUCUUGUCACUCAAGUCUAAAGAUUUUGUUUGUCGAUAUGAGGCCCAUUGCUUUGAAUUGUGUCAUUGUUGUGAUUUUGAUGCUUGUGAUUGUGAAAUGACAUGUCCGGAUAAUUGUUCAUGUUAUCAUGAUCACAGUUGGUCAAGUAAUGUUGUCGAUUGUUCAAAUGCCGGUUAUCGAUUUGUGCCCGAUCGUAUUCCAAUGGACGCGACUGAGAUUUAUCUCGAUGGAAAUGAAUUGGGUGAUUUGGGUAAUCAUGUGUUUAUUGGUAAACGUCAUCUUGAGGUGCUUUAUUUAAAUAAUAGUGGAAUAUCAUCGAUUCAUAAUAAGACAUUUAAUGGUGUUGAAUCGCUCAAGGUUCUUCAUCUUGAGAGUAAUGGAUUGCGUGAGCUUAAGGGCAGUGAAUUUAAUCAACUUGAACGUAUGUCUGAACUUUACUUGGAUCACAAUGCCAUUGCAAUGGUGGACAAUGCGACAUUUAACAAUAUGAAGAAUCUCGAAUUGCUCAAGUUGGACAACAAUAGAAUUGUGGACUUUCGACCAUGGGAUGCUUUAACCGAUGCUGGACAUGGAGCCGCGGUAUCACUUGAGGGUAACACUUGGAGUUGUGAUUGUGGUAAUGCUGCACGAUUGCGUAGAUGGUUGGCGUUACAUCAGGGCGAUCCGGAGAAAAUGUAUUGUAAAGACGGUACGGAAACUCUUGCUGAGGCUUUGAGACGUUGCGGUGAUCCAUCCACGGAGGCUGUGACACAUGGCAUUCAAGAAGGUCCAUUAGUUGGAGGGAAUUUUGUACCUCUACUUGCUGGUGCUCUAGUCAUGGUAAUUGCUGUUUGUCUCUUUGUUGCAUUGGCAUUUGCUUUUCGUCAGGAUGUUCGACUUUGGGCACAUGCACGUUAUGGCCUGAGGCUUGGCAAGGUUGCCACACCACCUGAGGAGGAACGUGAUCGACUUUACGAUGGUUAUUUUAUCUACAGCGAGAGGGAUGAGGAUUUUGUUUCACGUUAUUUGGCUGCUGAACUCGAGCAAUCGGGUCUUGCUCUUUGCUUACAUUGGCGUGAUUUACCACCGUCGAGAACGCAGGAGACAUUACCGUCAGCAGCGGCCGCUGCACGACGUAUAAUCAUUGCAUUUUCGCCAGUAUUUCUCACGAAGGAAUGGCAGAAUAUUGAAUUCCGCACGGCUCUUCACACAGCCUUGGAGAAUAUUCGACCUGCUUCGAGACGAAGACGAAUUAUCAUUCUCCUGGCAACGGAGGCACCACUUCGUGAUCCUGAAUUACAACUUCUUUUGCAAACGUGUACAGUGAUUGUUUGGGGUGAGAAGAGGUUUUGGGAGAAAUUGCGUUACGCAAUGCCUGAUUCAGCUGACAAAAGGCGAGAAACAAAAAGUGCAACGUCUGAAAGAAAUCGCAUUCCGGCUAGAUAUACGGCAGCUCCACUUGCCGCUGAUGCAUGGACAAAACCAGUCAACAAUCUUUUGGUACCAAUUCAUGCGCCAACACCAACACCUACACAGUCAACGUAUAUGAGUUCUGCAUCCAGUAGAACUGAGGACGAGGACAGCGGUGCUGAACAUCAACAUCACAUCAACAGUGAUUACAGUGCAUUGCAUGGUAGCAAUGUUCAACGUCCUCCCAGCCUCUCGUCAAGGGGCAGUCAUCUUUACAGCACCAUUCCUGAACUUCCGGUACUCACGUCGCCCUCAUUUGGUAAUUCAUCGAUCCCAAUGAAUCCUCGUACUUAUUUUGUUUAAUUUAAUAGGAAUUUUUUUUUAUUGCAUAAUUAAAGCAUAAAUUUUGAUUUCUUUAAAAAAAUUGUUCGAGGCCAAAAAGAAAUCACGAGAAUUUGUAAAAAUAAUUUCUUUUUUGUAAGUUGUUUCUCUUAUGGUUAAAUUUUAUUUUCUCUCUCGAGACAAUAAAUGUUGGGCCGUUGUUAUGUUCCUUUGUCAUUAUUUUUCGAGAAUUUUUGGUUGUUUCACUCAAACGUAAAUGCACACUUGACUGAAUGAAUUAAUGUUCGCUCAGAGGCUUUACAGUUUUGUACAAUGCAUUAUUGUUUCACCGCUACCGCGCGCGCAGAACCGAGAACAAAAUGAGAAUGUAAUUUUCUCAUUAAUUUUCUUUCUCGAAAGUGGAAUUGCUUUUCAACAAGAUCUCCCUUCUACGAAAGAUAUAUAUACAUGUAUAUCUUGAAAGCUUGAGUAAAUUUUAGACUAUAGAUGAUAUUGAAUCUUUUGUUUAUAAUUCUCUUUUGUGAAGACAAGAUCUUAUCGAAAAGGAAUUUUAGCCGGUUCUCUAUUUACAUGAAAUGCUAAAAAAGCUUUUGUAACAAUUUCAACUAAAAAAAAACGAGUAAAAAUCAUUUUCGGGUUAUUUUAAAUGUAAUUGUUACAUUAAAAUGUAAUUAUAACAUUUAAACUAAUCUUCAAGGUGCAAAAUACUUGAAAAAAAUCUCGUAUUUCAGAAACAAUCGCUAAAGAUAUGAUUUUCGUAGAAUUAAAUUAAUGAACUGAAAACGAUCUUUAGCAUAUGAUUAAUGUCCAAUAAGCAAACAAUGUGUUAAAAUUAGCAUAAAUUUUCGUGUUUUUUUUUUCGUCGUAUUGUAAAUAAUGGUGAGUCAAAAUUAAUUCAUCUAAAAUCGCACACACGACACAAAAAUAUAUAUGUGUGUAUAUAUUUAACCGGUUUUGCGGUUUUUAUUCAAAGAAUUAAUUUCGACACCUAUAAAUUCUUUUUUCCUCAUAUUUAAAAUGCCUGAAUCGCAUAAAUUUAAUCAAUUUAAUCGACAUCAAGUUACGAGAAAUGAUUACCAAAUUUAUAGCGUAUAGAACGUUAUGUGAGUGCUUUAUUGUAUUAAAAAAUAAUUUCUAUUUUUAACUGAGAAAUUUUUCUGUCAGGAAUGGUUGUAACUGUGAUAAAAAAAAAAAGAGAAAAAGGACGAGACUAUUCAAGAUUAGAGUAAAAUGUUCGAAAAAUAAAAAAGUCUGUGUGUGUGUGAGUGUGUGAAUGAUAGACUUGCUUCACAAAAUUAUCGUAUAGUCAAAUAUAGUGCCAUUUUUUGUCUCUUUUUACGAAAUCAAUAAUUUCCAUUUUUGUCGGAGAGAAAUUUUUUUUGAAGACAAAAGGGAAAUUAUUGAAGAAAUGCAAUGUUAGCGUCUGAUAAAAAAAAAAAUUGGCCCAAAUAAUAUAUUUGUUUCGUUAUCAUAAUUUUUUUUUAUGGAUCUAGUUCAAGGUAAAAUAAUUGUUUAAUUUUAUGUAAAUAUUUGGUUAAUAUUUUUUAUUUAAAUUACGUUUUCAAAGUAUUUUUCCAAAAAAAAAAUUUUUUUUCACAACAGCAAAUUCUUUACUGAUUGGAAUAAUAAAAAUAGAUAAGAAAGGUAUAUAUUACAUGGGCCAUGUGAAUUUUAAUUUUGUGUGAGAAAAUAAUUUUAAAUUAUAUAUAGUAAAAAAAAUGUUUGUAUUUAUUCGACAAAAAAAAAAAAGAUUUUGUAUUUAUUGAAAAUUUUUUUUGUGAUGCACAACGAGAAAAUCAUAAUGACUUUUUUUUCCAAAUUGAUGAAAAUUUUAUUUUCUCUCGAUUUCAGUUGAUUUUCAACAAGAUCGUAAAUUUUUCUCAAUGUGCAUUAGUAUCCAGUUGUAAAGCAAGAUCUGGGUUAACCUUUACGGGUGAAUGAUCAAGUUUUGUAGUACUAUAGUUCGAUAACAGGAGUGAGUGAGUGAGAGAGAGAGAGAGGCAUUAACGUCGACAGUCAUAGAAACUGUAAUAUUGUGAGCGUGAUUUCAAAGGUUGAUAAUGUGUCAUUCGGCUGGUUCGAAAUGCAACAUUAUUCCUAACGGGAUUUAAUAAACGUGGUUUAUGGAUUCCACACUGUACUUGACUAUAUAUAUAUAUAUGUAUAUUAUAUAUAGUCUUGAAAAACUUGUGCAAGUGAAAUGAAUAUAGCGACAAAGUUAAAUGUCAAUUUGUAAAUAAAAAAAAAAAAAUUGUAUUGAAAAAAACCCCCGACAAAAUUUUCCAAUUCUUUUUUUUCGAGAAUAUUUAAAAAAAGCAAUAUGGACAGCGAAAACAGAAAUCGAGAAAAUGAAAAAUAUAAUUGUAAAUAUUUUUUAAUUUGACAAUACUGUAUAUAUUUAAAUUUCGAAUUCUUUUCAAUUGUAUAAUUUGAAUUCUCAAUGACUUAAAUUUCUCGAAUUAACUGAAAUAAUAUUGUACAUUUUUUUUUUAGUAGUGGCGUUUUAAAUAUCGAGAUUGAGGUCAAAUCGUGUGAGAUCUCGUUCCUAAGACUUUCGCGAUUAUCAUAUUGAUAGUCGCUCGACGCUUAUUAGAAUAUAAGAAAAAAAAAAAUUCGUUGUAAAUAAUGUAAUUUUGUAAAUAAUAUAAAUCUCAGCGCAAAAAAAAAUAAA